UCAGAAAUCAGACGCUCGAGUAUUCGGAACACAACUAUUUGUAACUACGAAGGGAAGAAGGAGAGCGGGCACAUUAGGGUUUAGCAGUGGUUCGAAAGAAAACCGGGGAGAAAACCGAAUUUUGAAGCAUGAAAUCCCUCCCGCUAGGCGCCUCCAAAGCGCCCAUCAAGUUUCGAAUGCCAACUGCAGAAAAUCUCAUACCUAUUCGUUUAGACAUUGAAAUCGAUGGGCAGCGGUACAAAGAUGCCUUCACAUGGAAUCCUAAUGAUCCUGACUCAGAAGUGGUCAGUUUUGCAAAAAGAACGGUGAAGGAUCUCAAACUACCACCCACAUUCAUGACACAGAUUGCCCAGUCUAUUCAAACACAACUGGCAGAAUUUCGGUCAUAUGAAGGACAGGACAUGCAUAUCAAGGAGAAGAUUGUGCCCAUUAAGAUUGAUCUUCGAGUAAAUAACACUGUAAUAAGGGAUCAGUUUUUGUGGGAUGUAAGCAACUUUGAAACCGAUCCUGAAGAAUUUGCUAGAACAUUAUGCGAAGACUUGAACAUUGAAGACCCUGAAGUUGGAGUUGCAACUCAAAGUGUUUCUUCUGCAAGAGAAACCAGAGUGGGCAAAAAGGGUCGCCGUGGAAUAGAGAAUGUUACAAAUAGUAAAACAGGAAAUAGUGCAUUGGACUUACUAAAGUUAUUUGGCAACAAAGGAAGUGUCAUUAGGAAAAGGAAGGAGUGGUACUUGUACGAGCCCAUUGUUGAUAUCCUGUCAAAUGAAGAAGUUGGAGCUCUUGAUGCAAGAGAAGAGCUGAAUGCUCGCUUAAAGAAAAAGCUGGAUGAGAAAGAAGACAGCUUCCAAACACGCUAUUCCCAUGGCUGAAGUGUACUGCUAAUGAUACCAAGGCAUUUCAUUUGUGUACCUGCUGCUUGUAAGAUGAAGGAUCUGCUAGUUUGAGCUUCGGAAGGCAAAACUGUUCUCAACGUGAACUUUAUUUCAUGAAUACCUUGUUGUGUCGUUAAUUUAUACUUGAAAAAAAAACUGUUCUUUGUAAUGAAAGAUUAGGUGCUCUGCCCAAGUGGGAAUUGUCUGUUAAUUUGAAGUCAAAUUUUCCAUAGUAAUAUCGGGCGGAUAACUUUUAGAAUCCUAGCCUAAUGUAAUGAUAUUCCGCUGGAUUAUUCUUCGCUGUCUGAAAUUAGCCAGAAGAAUUGGAAGGGUAGUAACUUUGAGGGCAA